GUGUGAGGGAGGGGCUGCCUGUGCCAUUAUGUGUGCGUCUGUCAAGUACAACAUCCGGGGUCCUGCCCUCAUCCCGAGGAUGAAGACGAAGCACCGAAUCUACUACAUCACCCUCUUCUCUGUCGUCCUCCUGGGCCUCAUCGCCACCGGCAUGUUCCAGUUCUGGCCUCACUCCAUCGAGUCCUCCAGCGACUGGAACGUGGAGAAGCGCAGCAUCCGGGACGUGCCGGUGGUCCGGCUGCCGGCCGACAGCCCCGUCCCCGAGCGCGGCGACCUCAGUUGCAGGAUGCACACGUGUUUUGACGUCUACCGCUGCGGCUUCAACCCAAAGAACAAAAUCAAGGUGUACAUCUACUCUCUCAAGAAGUACGUGGAUGACUUCGGCGUCCCGGUCAGCAACACCAUCUCCCGGGAGUACAACGACUUGCUGGCGGCCAUCGCGGACAGCGACUACUACACGGAUGACAUCACCCGGGCCUGCCUGUUUGUCCCGUCCAUCGACGUGCUGAACCAGAACACGCUGCGCAUCAAGGAGACCGCGCAGGCGCUGGCGCAGCUCUCCAGGUGGGACCGAGGUACAAAUCACCUGCUGUUCAACAUGUUGCCUGGGAGCCCCCCAGAUUACAACACAGCCCUGGAUGUCCCCAGAGACAGGGCUCUGCUGGCUGGUGGCGGCUUCUCUACAUGGACCUACCGGCAAGGCUAUGAUGUCAGCAUUCCUGUCUAUAGUCCACUGUCAGCCGAGGUGGACCUUCCAGAAAAAGGACCCGGCCCACGGCGAUACUUCCUCCUGUCAUCUCAGAUGGGUCUCCACCCGGAGUACAGGGAGGAGCUGGAGGCCCUCCAGGCCAAGCACGGCGAGUCCCUGCUCGUGCUGGAUAAAUGCACCAACCUCUCCGAGGGUGUCCCUGCCGCACGCAGGCGCUGCCGCCAGCACCAGGCCUUCGACUACCCCCAGGUGCUGCAGGAGGCUACUUUCUGUGUGGUCCUUCGCGGCGCUCGGCUGGGCCAGGCCGUGCUGAGUGACGUGCUGCGGGCUGGCUGCGUCCCGGUCAUCAUGGCAGAUGCCUAUAUUUUGCCUUUCUCGGAGGUUCUUGACUGGAAGAGAGCGUCUGUGGUUGUGCCAGAAGAAAAGAUGUCAGAGGUGUACAGUAUUUUGCAGAGCAUCCCUCAAAGACAGAUUGAAGAGAUGCAGAGACAGGCGCGGUGGUUCUGGGAAGCAUACUUCCAGUCAAUCAAAGCCAUUGCCCUGGCCACCCUGCAGAUUAUCAAUGACCGGAUCUACCCAUAUGCCGCCAUCUCCUAUGAAGAAUGGAAUGACCCUCCCACCGUGAAAUGGGGGAGUGUGAGCAACCCACUCUUCCUCCCCCUGAUCCCACCACAGUCCCAAGGUUUUACUGCCAUCGUCCUCACCUACGAUCGAGUAGAAAGUCUCUUCCGGGUCAUCACUGAAGUGUCCAAGGUGCCCAGUCUGUCCAAACUGCUAGUUGUCUGGAAUAAUCAAAACAAGAACCCUCCAGAAGAAUCCCUCUGGCCCAAAAUCCGAGUUCCAUUAAAAGUUUUGCGGACUGCUGAAAACAAGUUAAGUAAUCGUUUCUUCCCUUACGACGAAAUCGAGACAGAGGCUGUCCUCGCCAUCGAUGACGACAUCAUCAUGCUGACUUCUGAUGAGCUGCAGUUUGGUUAUGAGGUCUGGCGGGAGUUUCCUGACCGGUUGGUGGGUUAUCCAGGUCGCUUGCAUCUCUGGGACCACGAGAUGAGUAAGUGGAAGUAUGAGUCCGAGUGGACCAACGAGGUGUCCAUGGUGCUCACGGGCGCAGCUUUCUAUCACAAGUAUUUUAAUUACCUGUAUACCUACAAAAUGCCUGGGGAUAUCAAGAAUUGGGUGGACGCUCACAUGAACUGUGAAGACAUCGCCAUGAAUUUCCUGGUGGCCAACGUCACGGGGAAAGCUGUCAUCAAGGUAACACCACGGAAGAAAUUCAAGUGUCCUGAGUGCACAGCCAUUGAUGGGCUUUCACUAGACCAGACACACAUGGUGGAGAGAUCUGAGUGCAUCAACAAGUUUGCUUCCGUCUUUGGGACAAUGCCGCUGAAGGUGGUGGAGCACCGGGCUGACCCUGUGCUGUACAAAGACGACUUUCCCGAGAAGCUGAAGAGCUUCCCCAACAUCGGCAGCUUGUGAAACGUGCCAGCGGUGGAGGUUUGAGCCUUCAGCUCGGACAAGGGAAGAGCACUCGGCCUCCCCCACACUCUUCAGCGUGGGGCUUCUCAACAGGCCAGGUCUGGCCAGGUGCCCGCCUCCCACACUCCCUCGAGAACGGAAGCCUGUUGAGGGUCCCUGAGCGCGCCGUGAGCUGCACAGCCUCUUGUUUCUUGACCCUGGUGGUUCUCUUCGAAAAGGCCCAACGGAAGCUGAGUGAUGUCCAGAUGCCCCCGGCCAGGGCCUUCAUGUCAGCACCAGUGUAACCACCAGGAGGCAUCGCUGCAGGGGAGGCCACUAAGAAGAGAAACCCGCCAGCCCAUUUUAGAUUUGGAGGAUGGUGUAAAAGAUACCGGUAUCUUGUUGUUAGUUAUUUUCGAAUCAGUGAGCUCUUUGGAGGAAAAGCCAAGUGCCGAAUCUGGUGUCUGGUGCAAACGUCUCAGUGGGAUUUAUGUCUGCCUCAGGCAGGCCUGGACUCCCGCAGAGGAAGAGCCCAGCCGCUGAUCAGGGUCCUAUGAGUUUCACGAACUGUUCCUCUUUCGUUUGGCUUUUUGAUAUGAUUAAAAUUAUAUUUUAC